AUGACGGAUAUGACCGAUCAGCAAACUGAAGCUCUGAGACGUGCAUUCGAAAAAGUUGCCGGUGAGAACGGAGAAAUAGAUUGUGAAGAAUUGCGGGACAUUUUGAAUGUGGCAUUCACUCGAGGUAAGUCUUUUCGCCAAUUUUUGAAGGUGUUGUCACCAUGUACGUGA